AUGACCACCGUCCACCACCCCUCCCACCCGUCCAUCCCCAUCACCCUCCCCGACGGUCUCACAAAAGACCAACUCCUCAAUUUCCAUCCCUUUACCGUGUCCGAUGUCAAAAACGAUAAAAACGAGACGCUCCCCGGCGCGGUGUUUCUGAGAGGACCAUCGGUGGCUAUGCUUGUGAUGCUCAUACCCGAUGAUGGCAAGGAUGAGGAGGAGAGGUACGUUUUGCUGACGGUGCAGCCGAGGGUUGCGGCGGGGAGUCUGGAGUUUGUGGAGUUGCCUGCGGGGAUGGUGGAUGAGGAGGGGGAGUUUGUGGGGACGGCGGCGAGGGAGAUUGAGGAGGAGUUGGGGAUUAGGAUUGAGGAACGGGAGUUGAGGAAUCUGAGUGAGAUGGCGUUGGGGGAGGAGGGAGGAGGGGAGGGGUUGGGAAGGGGGGUGUACCCUAGUCCGGGGGCGUGUGAUGAGUUUAUACCUAUUUUUAUGUAUGAGAGGCGGGUGCCGAGAGAUACGUUGAAGGAGUGGGAGGGGAAGUUGACGGGGUUGAGGGAGCAUGGGGAGAAGAUUAGUUUGAGGUUGGUGAAGAUGGGUGAUUUGUGGAGGGUGGGCGGGAGGGACGGGAAGACGUUGGCUGCUGUGGCGCUGUGGCAGGGGUUGAGGAGGGAGGGGAGGGUGUAG